AAUAAAAAACAACAACCAACAUUAGGCAAACGUUUCAAGAUCAAGCGGCAGACGUGGGAGAAGGCGCAGGACCUCUAAACACAUCCUUGCUGGCCAAACGAGAAAAAAAAAAGAAAAUAACAGCCGUGAGACAGCGAAAAAUUCGUGGGAAAUACCGGCAAACACAACCUUCACUCAGUCACCAAUUCAGAGCGUUUUAACACAAAAGUCUGCUGGCAGCAAUCAACUUUAGGCCGAAAUUAUCAUAAAAUCUCGAUCGAAAUCGUUAAUGAAAAGAUCAGAAAUUGCAUUCAACUAUCAUCUGGAUUUUCCACUGUUUCAUUUUGUGUUGUUGACUGAUACGAAGAUCAAAGAUAAAAGACCAAAUUCGAUAAGGAAAAGCAAUUCUCCCACACAACAGAGUAUAUAAUAAAAGUAAUAAUAAUAAUAACAAUAUUAAUAAAGUAUAAAGAAAAUAAUUUUGAUUAAAACAUACCUUUGAUUUCAAUAAGUGUGCGCUAGAUAGAAUCAUAUAUAUAUAUCUGAAUAUAUAUACGUAUAACAUUUGAUUACCUUCGUCGGUGAGUGUCUAGCCAAUCAAUCUAUAGCCUAUAGGAACCAUACAUCUAUAUAUAUAUAUAUAUAUACCACAAGGUUUUAUACUGAAUUUAUAAAAUUUUGGGUAAGGGCGCAGUGCGCAUCGAAAGGCCCCAUCAAAGCAUCAACACCAAACUCAAUAUAAACUAACAAAAAUAAAAACCAAAUACCAUAAGCAAGUGUUUUUUUUGUCGCAUAUAAAUAAAUUUACAUAUUUACACAUACGAGACGGAAGUUAAGCAAAAGUAAUAUUAAAAUAAAGACUUGAAUUUCUCAAAGAAAUAAAUAUUUAUACAAGAACAGGCGAUGGAAUAAGAAGAACAAGUAAAAAAAACGGACUUCCAACGAUUUCAAAAUACGACGAAAAAUACGAAUUACGAAAUAUUUUUUAGAGCAAGGACCCUGCAAACAAAGUAUGAUAUGACUAAAUCUACGCAAAUCGGUUAACAAAAUAUUUGCCAAAUCUAUGUAUUGAAUCAAAAAAAAAAAAAAAAAAACAAAUAAAUAAAACAAAUAAAACGGAAAGAAAACCGCAUACUUAAUGACAAAUUGAACGUCGAGCUACAAGAAUUUAUACGGAAAACAAAGGCAUCGCAGAAAAAAAAAAACAAAAGAAAAAGCAGCGAAGCAGGAAAAGUGCAAAGCGGAUUUAUUGGAAAAGCUGAGGGGGAAAAUCGAGAUCAACGGCGAUCAGCGUUAAAGUGAUAUUUUAUAAAAACCGAAAAUAUCAGUUAAGGACAACGACUUAUAAGAUUGAGUGAAAACGAGCGAGCAAUCGAACAGCCAUCAUUUAUCAGAGGAAAGAAACGGAUCACCGAAAAAGUGGGAGAUUUUUUAACCGCAGAGGGAAAAGCAAACAGACGAGAGGCGAAAGGAAAUAAGAAGGAAGAGUCAACAAAAACCAAACACCACCAAAUAAAACCAACUACUAUUAAUUUAACGCAAACAUUAACGAAUAAUCAUAUUCAAGCGGUAUAUAUAUAUAUACAAGAGGAUAACGGAUAACACAACUAACUAAAUAUAUAUACGGUAUAUGAAUGUAUAUUUGAAAACCAAAGCUAAGUUCCAGUCAAAGAAAAAACCAAAAACCAGCGCAAAUUUAGCAAAAGUAUAAUAGAACGGGGAAAAAACCAAAUUAUUGCUAUCUUUUUGCAUUUUUGCAAUUUUAUAAAAAAUAACAAAGAAAACGAAAAACAAACAAAACCAAAAACCCACAACUAAAGAUCAUAAUAAUCUUUGAAAUUCGGAGAAGCAAAAAGAAUAUAAGAAGUAAACACAUUUAGCAAAAUUUACUCUUUUAUCUAAACGAAAAAAACAAAAGAAAGGCAUAAGAACAAAAAAAAAAAACACACAAAUCAAAGUAAGACCUAAUUCAAGCAUAAAUUAAAUUUUAAACGUUUUAGACAGAGAGAGAGAGAGCGCUCUAAACUUAACUUAAAAAAGCAAAUACAUUUUUUUCGCGAUCGUAGUUGAUCUAAAACCCCCCAAAAAAUCUGCGGAAAAAAACCUAACUUUACGCGGGACUUGUGCAAAGCGCUGAAAAUCCCCACCCCAAAAAAAGGCGCAGCUCUAACUUGAAAGCGACUACCAACCGAGCAGUGAGAUUAACUACUAACCAAAAAGGACUAAAUCAGGACCGGAGCGGGAACAGGAUCAGAACCACAAUCACAAUGACCAACGCCAUGGACAUUGUGAAGAACGGCAGUGCCAACGGAUCCGUGGAUGGCAGCAAUGAUGAGUCGCGCACCAAUUUGAUUGUCAACUAUCUGCCGCAAACCAUGACGCAGGAGGAGAUGCGAUCGCUCUUCUCCAGCAUCGGUGAGCUGGAGAGUUGCAAACUGGUGCGUGAUAAAGUCUCAGGUAAUUUGGUCUUGCCAGCAUCGUUGACCGCUCUCAACCCGGCACUGCAGCAAGGUCAGAGUCUGGGCUAUGGAUUUGUUAAUUACGUCAGGGCCGAGGAUGCUGAGAAGGCUGUGAACACCCUGAACGGUCUGCGUUUGCAGAAUAAGGUUAUUAAAGUAUCAUACGCCCGUCCAAGCUCAGAAUCUAUUAAGGGUGCUAAUUUAUAUGUAUCGGGUCUUCCGAAAAAUCUAUCACAACCAGACUUGGAGGGGAUGUUUGCUUCGUUCGGCAAAAUAAUUACAUCUCGUAUACUCUGUGAUAAUAUUUCUGGUCUAUCGAAGGGUGUCGGUUUUAUUCGCUUCGAUCAGCGCAACGAAGCCGAGCGGGCCAUCCAGGAGUUGAAUGGCAAGACCCCGAAAGGAUAUGCCGAACCGAUCACCGUCAAGUUCGCCAACAAUCCGAGCAAUAGCGCCAAGGCCCAGAUUGCCCCGCCCCUUACCGCCUACUUGACCCCGCAGGCGGCAGCGGCCACUCGCCGUUUGGCCGGAGCUCUGCCCUCCGCCGGUCGCAUUAGGUACUCACCGCUGGCUGGCGAUCUAUUGGCCAAUUCGAUCUUGCCGGGAAACGCCAUGACCGGAUCGGGAUGGUGCAUAUUCGUCUAUAACCUGGCCCCGGAGACCGAGGAGAACGUGCUGUGGCAGCUAUUCGGACCAUUCGGUGCCGUUCAGUCGGUGAAGGUGAUCCGUGAUCUGCAGACCAGCAAGUGCAAGGGAUUCGGAUUCGUGACCAUGACCAACUACGAUGAGGCAGUGGUGGCCAUCCAGUCGCUGAAUGGAUAUACCCUGGGCAAUCGGGUGCUGCAGGUCAGCUUUAAGACUAACAAGACCAAAACCACUUAGGCGAACCAGCCAAUCUGGACUAGACCUUUCCAAUACUCCACGAUCUGUUUGAUUUAACAACACCUAGACUAUAGAUUGAUCUGAUCUGAUAAGAUAUGAUGAUAUGAUAUGAUGAUGAUGAUGAUAUGAUGUGACAAAGACAGUGUAGUCGAAAUUGCGAAAUUUAGCGCGAGUUUAUGAUAUGUCUAUCAUUUAAUUUGUACGCUAAACGAAAUUAUUAUGAUUGUAAUUCUUAUGAAAUCUUAGUGAAAAUUGAUUUAUUUCCAUCUCUAUAAUUUAAUUUUAUUAACUAAUCCAAGAAACAAAAAAAUACCAAAAAAAAAAACAACAAACAAACAAACAAAGCUUGAAUGAGGCAACCAAAAAACACAACACAGAAACUAAGGAAAACUUUAGACAAAAAGGAGAUGAGACGACAACUGUCUAUAAAUUGACAAAUGAGAAAAUAUGAGAAGGUAAUAGGGUCAAAGGAAAAACAAAACAAAACAAAGCAAAAAACAAAAAGCGAAAAACGAUAAAUAAAAAACCGCAAAAAUAUGAAUGAAAAUGAUCUAAGUCGCAAUAUAUAGUAACUAUUUUUUUUUUUAAACUUAUGUAUAUGUAAUUCAAUUCGAUUAUAUUCAAUUAAACAAAGUAUUUAAACAAGCUAACCAAAUGAUUUAAUGUCUACUGAUUUAGGAACUACCAGCAUAACUCUCUCAGCUUACCUAAGUACUUAUUAUAAUGGAUAUGCAUAAAAAUAUUGUAUUGUAUUGUAUUGUAUUUUGCGUUCGUUUUGCAACCCUAACUUACAUUACAUUACAUUAAUUCUAGUGCUAUUCAGCUCUUAUAUUUAAUUCGAUUCGCCUUGAUUUACACUCGAAGACGAAACGGAAAUCGAAGAUAUAGCCGCGAUAUAUCCUCCAAACGUAACAAACAAAAACCCCAAGCACCCAAACACACACUCACUUGUAACCAUUAUUAUAUAUAUAUGUAACCAGAUUUAAAUAUCUUUUUUUCGUCGUCUAAGAUUCGUAUUCGUAUUCGUCAAGUGCAAACCAAAGUAAAUGAAACCAAGAAAACUUAUUAUAUUAUAUUACAUUAUAUAUUAUUACGCCUACUUAUUAUUCCAUUUUUAUAAUUAUUAUAACUUAUUGAAUGCAACCAAGCGAAACCAAACAAAAGCAAACAAAAAAACAUAACUACAACUAAAAAUAUAUAU